AUGCAACCUUGGGUAGCCAUCUCCAGCUUCAUACUACUUCUGACAGAUGCUGUAGUUUCUUACACUCAAGUGAUUGGAGUGGUGGGUCAUUCCGCCAUGCUACCCUGCACCUACUCAACAGCUAAUGGAGUCACAACCAUGUGCUGGGGCCGGGGGCCGUGUCCCAUGUCCCAUUGCUCAGAUGAACUGGUCUGGACUGACGGAUCCCAUGUCACUGUUCAGAAGCACCCGCGUUAUAAGCUAAAGGGAAACAUUUUAGGAGGGAACGUGUCUUUGACCAUAGAGAACGUGGCCCAGACUGAUAGGGGUCUGUACUGUUGCCGUGUUGAGCACAAGGGGUGGUUCAAUGAUAUGAAACUCACCGUAUCAUUGGAGAUAAUGCCAGCUGAGGUCACCAGUGUUCCAACGUCACCUAGGGUCUUUACCUCUACUUCUUCAACGCCAGCACCCAUGCAGAACCUCAAGUCAGUAGCUACCUCAUCUUCUACAGUGCAGACAGCAGGAACCCAGCCCACUGUGCCGCCACAGGAAACGAGCACAAGGCAACCCACCAAUUUACCACUGUACUCCUGUCCAACAGAUGGGAAUGGCACUGUGACACAGUCUUCAGAUGGCCUUUGGCAUAGCAAUCAAACUCAUGUGUUGCUGGCACAAAAUCCAUGGAUGACCACCAGUAAGGGACUCUACAUUGGCAUCUGCAUUACUGCUGCGGUAUUGCUCUCUGUGCUGGUUGUCGUGAUUACCAAAAAAUACUUAUGCAUAAGAAACAAGCUGGAACAACUAAACAUGGUUUCGUUGAAUGACCCUCGGACUGGAGCUUUGCAAAGUGCAGCUGAAGUGGGUGUCCGAGCAGAAGACAAUAUCUACAUUAUCGAGGACAAUCUUUAUGUCAUGGAUUAA